UUGUGUUGUGAUUGGUGAGUAAGACUGAGGUAUGCGAGUUAUGCUGGUUAGGAUGGAUGGAAUAUCUGGGGUCGGCUUUUACAUGCCCACGGACGGAAGGUGAUAGUGGCCAUCUGCUGCGUGACGGACAGAUAGAUCGGAAGCUUGAACCGAGCGUAAAAUAGUGAUAAUGAGCGCAAAGGUGUCCUUUUGAUUCAUGCUUAUUUUGAGAACUUUGUGACUAAGAAGUCUGUUGGCCAAUCAGGCUGUUUGACACACACACACUGACUCCCGGUUGGAUGGAAGCCAUCGGCAUUUGGUUCCAGCAGGAGCUCGUGGGUGCAUGUGCGGCUUUUUUUUGCUCCUACAGGCUGAAGCUCUUUCAGAUGCACUGCUAAAGGCCAUAGUGUUUAAACCAAGAGAAGAACGGAGGUUUCUGUCUGUUCUGUCUUCCAAGUUUAUGUGAGCUGAGAAGAGUAAUCUACUGUCUGCACAGCUGACAUUCAGAGGCAGGACUUGACCAUCCUGGCUCUUUCCUCUGCAGCCAGAACAGAGGAAUGGCCAUACCCACCAUGUUUCACUCGAGUAGCGAUAUUCUUGAGGCAACGUCCAGCUCCAGCACAGGAGGAGGUCACGACCCCCUGUUCCAGACGGAAAGUGAGACUCUAAUGCAGCAGACUGUCACUGAGGAGACUGGCAUGGCAACUGUUACUGCUCACACAGAGGGUGAGCAGUGGCAAGAGUUUAGGCCGUCAAGUGGAAAACACAGCAUGUUUCAGCCUCCUCUUAGUAGAAGCUCUUCAGAAGCUCCCUCCUUCAGAAUGCACCAUGAAGAGCAUAGAGAGGGGACUGAAGGUGAAAAAGAGAUGGCACUAGGACAACGGCACUCGAGGGACAGAGUAGUGAAGAAGUCAAAACAUGGGAAAGAAGAGAAGGAGAAAAGAGCAUCUCUUACGCCUCAACCGCUUAGAUACCCUGAACAAGAGGACGGUCUCUUACCAACACGCUUCUCCUUCAGAUCCCAGAGUACUGGUCAGGGAAGGUGUAGGCCGGAGCUUGAAUCCCUGGAAGAACAUUCUGCUUUGGCACCAGAUUUUCCCCACCAGAGGACCCAUUUUCCAGAGUGUCCCUUAUUUAGUGCCGCAGGGCUCUGCCUCCACAGGCUUGAAGUGGGCUGCUGUUCUGACAUUUACUCGAGUAUCGGAGGCUCAGAUUGUGCUGGGCAAAAUUCUGACCCUGACUCUGUGUACAUUUAUGCUGAGAGCAUCAAGGGCUCCACUUGUUGCAGUAUGAUGCAGCAAUGUGACUCUAUUUGCCUGUAUGCAGAAGGUCCACAAAUGUCAUUUGAUGUUCUUAAAAAAGAUGUUUUUUGCAAAAUUGUAAAAAAGAAGAAGGAUGUAACUGGUAACACAGAAGAAUCACACUCUUUUGAGCAGAACAUGAGCAACAACUGGAGCUUUGACCCCUCAGGAGACAGCACAGAAGCCGUUUUUGGAUCAGACAAUUCCUGUGGAUCCUCAGACUCUCUAUUCAUGUAUGCAGACUGGAAGUGGAGCCUAGACUCAAACGCUGCUGAGGUUAGCCUGGGCUCUAUAGACAGCCUAUCCGAGGCCCAGUGGGGCUCUGCCUCAUCCAGUUUAAACUCAGGUUCUGAAGCUUCUUGCUACACUGCAGACUGCGGCUCUGAGUCCUCCUACUGCACAGUUGUACGGAGCUGUGACUCAGACUGUGAAGACCCUUUCAGCACAGGCCGCUGCUGCGCGUCACCUGUCGGCAGUAGUGAAGACAUGUCCAUUGACCUGUACAAUGCUUGGACUGAGAGCAGUGAUGGGGAUGAGGCCUGCUGUAGAGGUCCAGAGAAGGAGAUCGUUUCAGAUGCUCCUCAGUGUAAGGAUUCCUCUACAGUCACCCUGAAUGAUCUGCGUGGUGUUGUGACCUAUACAGAUCACUACAGCUUCUCAAGGUUCUUCUGCGAGAUGGUGAAAGAGGCAGCACAGGACAGAGGUCCUGAAAAGCUGAAUGUCAGUGAAGGAUUUCUCUUCCACCCACAAAAGUUUUUGCAGGCAAAAAACUCAACAUAUCGAGAGGGACGGGAAUACUCCUUUCUUCGGCACAUACAGAACGGAUCAUAUGGAGAUGUUUUCAGUGUCCGGGACAAACAAACAGGAUUUACCUGUGCUGCCAAAAAGAUUCCUCUGAGUAGUUUCAGCUGGGAGGAAGUAGGGACAUGGAGCCGACUGGACUCCCCACGUGUCCUCCAGAUGUAUGGAGCAGUAAGAGAGGGGCCCAAUGUUGUCCUCUUCAUGGACCUUAAAACAGGUUCUCUUGCCCAGUUAUUGAAAGAAAAAGGUGUACUUCCUGAAGCACUGGCGCUUUAUUACCACCGUCAGGUGCUGCAAGCUCUAGAGCACCUGCACAGCAGACAAGUCAUUCACCUGGAUGUUAAAGUGGACAAUGUUUUGCUUUCAAAGGACGGCAUGGAGUGUUUCCUGUGUGACUUUGGCUUGUCUGAGAUGUUGGACCAGACUGGAUGCAGCAACAAGACAUUCAGAGGCAAUGGCUUGCGUGGAACCGAGAGCCACAUGUCCCCUGAGGUGGCACGAGGUGAUCCUCGCUCUAAUAAAGCAGAUGUGUGGAGCAGCUGUUGCAUGCUGCUGCACAUGCUCAGUGGACAUCAGCCCUGGACAAGAUACUACACACACCCGCUCUGCCUGAAAAUUGUGAGUGAACCUGCUCCUCUGUGGGAGAUUCCUCCUGGCUGUGACCCCCUGACUUGUGAGGUCAUCAGAGGGGGAUUGGUAAAAGAGCCAAGAGAAAGAGACUCGGCAAGAAAGCUGCUGGAGAAAACCACCAAAGCUCUCCAAGCUGUGGGUGAGAUCUCUGAUCUGGUGUUAACUCACCUUUCUGACACACCUGAGCCCCAUAACUGCCAACCAAUGAGCUUUGAGAAGAAUACAACAACUCAGAACAUCCCAUCCUCCGUUCCUGCAAUAGCAGCCCCCUGUCAGGAUCAGCCCUCGAACCCCAGAAUCCAGUGGGUCAGCAUGUGGAGAGAAAAAGCAGAAGAGGAGGAUGAAACUGAUACAGAUAAAGAAGAAUCAGAGGAGGAGAAUGCGUGGGACAAAGAUGGAGAUAUGGAUGGGGUGAAAACAGAUAAGAUGAGAGUGUGGAUGGAGAGAUACUGGGGAACAGAGGAAGAUCUGGCCAUAACAGACAAACAGCAUUCAUUUUCAGAAGAUGAGAGAGAAGUUCAUGCAGAAAAAGAAGACUGUGACAUUUACGCUAAAGUAAAAAUACCAUCUGAUGAGGAGGAGAAAGAUCAAGAAGAAGAAGAAGAAGAAAAAGAACUGAAUGAUACAAAUUGUGACCUAAAAGAAGAAAAUGAAGCGGAAACAAGAAGCCCAGUGGAGGAGGAGGCUGAAAGUGAGAAUGAAGGAGAUGACGUUGAAGAAGAAUUAGAGAGUGAUUUAGACAGUUUGAGGGAGCUGGGAAGUGAUUGGGCAGAGGAAGAAUGGGAGCCAUUCCAGCGCCUGCAGAUUCUCUAUGGCUCAAAAGCAAAACAUCGUUUGUACCUUCAGCAUGAAGAAGACAACUCAUCAGACACAGAGGAAGAUUCCGUAUCAUCAACAAUACCAAGUGGAGAGAAGAUGAACGUAUCUAAAAAGAACUCUAAAUUAACUCUCACUUGUCACCGCAGCACUUGUUCUUCUGAACCUGAGCUUACCGACAAGAACUCAGAUUGGUCAGAUGAUUUGAGCUCAGGGGUGUUCUCCUCAUACAGUAGCCUGGCAGAUGGGCAGAGCUUUAAUGUGGACUGGUCAGUGUCCACGAAUCAGCCACCUUCCUGCUGCUUUGAGGGUCUGGGGGUGGAUAUCUGGGUGGAGGAUGUGAGCGGUGAGACUCUCAGGAUCAGAGAGAAGUUGAAGGUGAAGCUGGGUCAUGUUGCUGUAGGAAUAAGUGCACAGAUCUCCAUGAGGACCUUCAGCCUGGCCACCCUGGACGGGAAGCUGGUCUCCCCAGAUUUCGAGGUUUUGGAGUCUGGCCUGUGGCUGCAGUGCAUCCCUGUUCCAGAUGACAGCACUUGCUGGGACUGGAGGGUCAGAGAUGGAAAACUGGAGAAGCAAGAACAUGACGAAGGAGCAUCUGAUACCUGCUCGACACUAGCAGCCUAAACUAAACCUACACUACCUAAAUUUACACUGAAACUACAUUCCCUUCUUUUUUCUCUUCCUUUCUUUAUUCAGCUUAUUCUUGUUUUCUAUAUGAUUGUAAAUCAAUAUGUUACAUCUGUACAGUAAAAUCUCUACUGUUUAA